AUGGGUAAAGCUAUCAGUAAAGCUGUUUUUUUUUAGCCUCCAAGUAAUUCAAGUUACAAUUCAAAAAAAGACUUUUGGAUUGAUAAGUUGAUAUUUGUCAAUGAAGACUUCAGCACAGUUUAAAAUGAAAACAGUAUACCUUGCUUAUACUGUCCUUAUUAAUACCCAAAUACCAAUCAAAUAUCCAAUAAACUCUUGAUAUUUUUCCAUGGUACUGGAAAUGAUAUUGGAUAAGACCAUCAUUAUAUUUCUGAAAUGCGAAAUCACUUGUAGGUAACUGUUUUAGGAGUUGAAUAUCCUGGAUAUGGAGUUUAUAAAGGUAAACCUACUCCCGAAGGCUUACAAAAAGACGCAUUAACUGUGUAUAAAUUCGCUUUAUAAUGUUUAUUGUAUCCUGUCGAAGAUAUAAUAGUUGUUGGUUUAUCAAUGGGUACUGGGCCUGCUGCUUAUUUGUCUUCUCAAGUUUAGUUUAGUCUUUUAGUGCUUUUAAUGCCCUACAUGUCAUGGAGAGAUUUAGCUAAAGACAAAGCAUCUUUUGUAGGAAAUCUAGUUCCAGAAGAAUAUUUCAAUAAUUUUGAAAACAUCAAAAUUGGUCAAAAUAAUUGCAAAAUGCUCAUUAUUCAUGGUGAAAAAGAUGAAAUAAUUCCUGUAAAGCAAAGUAAAGAAAUGUAAAAAUAUUUUGAAGGCAAUUAGAAUGUCAAAUUUAUGUUUCCCUCAAACAUGGGUCACCUAUGGCAUGAUAUAUACUAUCAUUCAAUAUUCCCAAUUAAAGAUUUUCUUUAUUAACAUAAUAUUCAAUCUCACUAAAUUUCUGAUGAGCACUCUUAAUAUAAAUUACAAAAAUUCAAAGAAAGAUUCUAUUGA